UGCGGAUUUUGUUAGCCAACCAAACGUGUUUGCGGCACUUCAACACUUCAAUUCGACACUUCCACUUCAUGUUUUUCGAACCUGCACUCAACUGGCCGCAACAAGUUCGUCAUCGGUCAAAGUCUCAAUUCUUGCUAAUGAACAUGGCCGUGCCCGAGGACAAGCGCUGGCCACCAGUUCCACCAGACGUCGACAGGAGCACGAUUGAAGUCGAGACGCCUGAACUCUCGAUCACAGGGAACAGCAUGCUCUACAGAGUCAAAGGGCACCCCGGCAUAGUCUACAAGGCCAGAGCUGAGCUUCGAGAAUACGAACUCCAGAAGGCGGCUGGCGAUUGCGCAAUUCCGGUCCGGGGAAGAGUCAUGCUCAAGUCAGCAUCCGACGGCGAAAUUGAUUGCAUGGGCUUCCUGAUGGAUCUCGCAACUCCGAUCACCGUUCCGACGGGCCCGGCCCCGCCCUCGGCCCCGGUCCUGCCGCCAUCUCGACGCCAUGACAUCAUGCACCAGAUGAUUCGGCUCGUGCAGCGCUUGCAUGCCAAACGCAUCGUGCACGGAGACGUGAAGCUGGAGAACAUGCUUCUCGACAACCAAGGCAAACUCCGGCUUUGUGAUUUCGCCGAGGGGCGGUACGUGGACGAGGACGAGAGCGUCUGGGAGGGGAGUUCAACCUGGCAUUACGAGUCUCCAAAUAGGCUUCUGAGGGGGGAACGGAUGGGAAGGGACCCGGCACCACCUACAAUCGAGGAUGACUUGUAUGGCCUCGGUCUGAGCAUCUGGCACUUGUAUACUGGCAAGAUGCCACAUGAGGAUAUGGCUGGCGAUGACGUGGGUCUGAAAGAGAGACAACGGAAGGGAGAGACAGUCGAUGUGGCCAAGGUAGAUGAUCCGGAAGCUCGUGAGAUCAUCAGAGGCCUUCUUCGCCAAGGAGGAGCUCGGAUUUAGUCCAUGCAAUUGGUAGAUUGUAAGGUAAGGACUUCUAGUUUGCAUCAGGGUUAGUUAAUAGAGUUGAUAUUAGUUACGCACCUGACACCUGUUC